GGUGCCAAGGGAGGAGGGCAGGAGGGACGGCCCCACUGCAGCGCCGCCCGCUCAGCACCACCGCACCCCAGCCCGGGGUGCCGGAGGGGGGGGACACACAGAGGACACCCCCAUCCCCGUGGUCCCCCCCCUCGCCCCACCACGGCCAUGGGCAUCCAGGGUAUGGAGCUGUGCGCUGUGGCCGUCGUCAUCCUCCUCUUCAUCGCCGUCCUCAAGCAGUUCGGGAUCCUGGAGCCCAUCUCUGUGGAAGACGGAGGCGAGGUCGAGGUGGAGCUGGCGGCCGCCCGGCACCAACCGGAGGAGCUGGAGCAGCUGCUGGCACAGACCAAGUUCUCCAAGCGGGAGCUGCGAUUCCUGUACCGAGGCUUCAAGAGCGAGUGUCCCAGUGGCCUCGUGGAUGAGGAAACCUUCACGCUCAUCUACUCCCGGUUCUUCCCGCAAGGGGACGCCAGCGCCUACGCACACCUCUUGUUCGACGCCUUCGACGCCGACCGCAACGGGGCCCUGUGCUUCCAGGAUUUCGUGCUGGGGCUCUCGGUGCUGCUGAGGGGGACGGUGCAGCAGAAGCUGCAAUGGGCUUUUAACCUGUACGACAUCAAUAAGGACGGCUGCAUCAGCAAGGAGGAGAUGCUGGAGAUCCUGACGUCUAUCUAUGACAUGAUGGGGCACAGCACCCGGCCCAUGCUGCAGGGCUGUGCUCCUGUGGAGCAUGUGGAGCUCUUCUUCCAGAAGAUGGACAGGAACGGUGAUGGGGUCGUGACCUUCGAGGAGUUCCUGGACACGUGCCUGAAGGACGAGGCCAUCGUGAGCUCCCUGCGGCUGUUCGAGGACUCGCUCUAACGGACCUGGGUCCUGCGGGUGUUUUAUAAUUAAAGCAACAGCCACAA